CUCGCUCGUUGUGCAGCCGCCGAUCGUGCGUCCGUCAAAUAUUGUAAUCAAUAAAAUUAAUUUCUUGUGCGCGUGUUUCGUGCGAGUCAGGAUUAAUUCGAACUUGAUAUCAGCAAAUGCAGAGCGACUGGCAUUUAUAGUAAUAUCGUUAGAGGCAUCAGACUUUGUGUGUUAACAUGGGGUGCAGUGGAAGAUACUGUUUACUGACUCUGUUCUUGUGCCUAGUGACGGAACUUGCAAUUGGUGUGAGAGUGGUCCCCAAACGAAAGAAAGAAGCCAUCAACGCCGCAGACGACCAGUCCACAUCGGCAUCGUGGUGGCAAGCCGGGACAGCAACACCGUUCAGGGAAACGGGCAGUAAUGCGUUCUCAUCCACCCAUGGACUCGUUCAAACACACCCCAGCGCUGAUGAUCCAUUCGGAACUACUUUUGGAGGAAUAGGAAGUACUAUAGGACCGUCAUCGAAUCCCUUCGCUAAAAGCGGCAGCGGUCCGCUGAGUGGAGGCGUUAGGAAGAAUCCUUUGCCAUCUCUAGCCAGGAUCUCUAACAUUAACGGAAAAGCCUCAUUGAAACAUUUGGAUUUUACUAGUAGUGCUACCGCUGAAUUGAGAAGGAACCCAGCACUGUCGGCCCCUGAUGAGUGUGCCAGAGCCUGCAGGGAAAACGAACCACCAAGGAUCUGUUACUAUCAUUUCACAUUGGAGUUUUAUACUGUCUUGGGAGCGGCUUGUCAAGUAUGCACACCAAACGCUACGAAUGUGGUCUGGUCUCAUUGCCAAUGCGUACUGGCCGAUGGCGUCGAACGGGGUAUUCUCACUGCCAACAGAAUGUUACCAGGCCCUUCCAUUCAAGUUUGCGAAAACGAUAAAGUGGUAAUUGACGUAGAGAACCAUAUGGAAGGUAUGGAGGUGACAAUCCAUUGGCACGGUAUUUGGCAAAGGGGAUCACAAUAUUACGAUGGUGUACCGUUUGUCACGCAAUGUCCUAUUCAGCAAGGGAAUACUUUCAGAUAUCAAUGGCAAGGUAAUGCUGGCACUCACUUCUGGCACGCUCACACUGGACUACAGAAACUGGAUGGUUUAUACGGCAGCAUUGUCGUUCGUCAACCUCCUUCAAAAGAUCCCAACAGUCACUUAUACGAUUACGAUUUGACCACACACGUCAUGUUGAUCAGUGACUGGCUCCACGAAGAUGCCGCUGAAAGAUACCCAGGACGUUUAGCUGUCAAUACUGGACAGGACCCCGAAUCUGUAUUGAUCAACGGAAAAGGACAAUUCAGAGAUCCUAACACUGGCUUCAUGACCAAUACUCCAUUGGAAGUUUUCACAAUUACUCCUGGUAGACGUUACAGGUUCAGAAUGAUCAAUGCCUUUGCAUCGGUAUGCCCUGCUCAAAUCACGUUUGAAGGUCACAACUUGACAGUUAUUGCUACUGACGGUGAGCCAGUGCAACCCGUGCAAGUGAACACGAUAAUCUCGUUCUCAGGGGAACGAUACGACUUUGUAAUCGAAGCUAACAACAUUCCCGGAGCAUACUGGAUCCAAGUUCGAGGUCUUGGUGAAUGUGGUAUUAAGAGAGCACAACAAUUAGGUAUCCUCAGAUACGCUAGAGGACCUUACCAACCAUCUUCGCUGGCCCCCACCUACGAUGUCGGAAUACCCCAAGGAGUGGUGAUGAACCCCUUGGACGCGAGAUGUAAUAUAUCAAGAAACGAUGCUAUUUGCGUGAGCCAAUUGAAAAACGCUCAGAACAUCGACCCCGCCAUCCUUCAGGAGAGACCCGACGUUAAAAUCUUUUUGCCCUUCCGAUUCUUCGUAUACAGACCAGAGAUGCUCUUCCAACCCAACACAUACAACAGAUACUUGGUUGCCCCUGGAGGAGACCACGUUAUCAGUUUGAUUGACGAAAUCUCAUAUAUGUCCCCGCCUGCUCCAUUGAUCAGUCAGUAUGAUGACAUCAAUCCUGACCAAUUCUGUAAUGGAGACAACCGACCCGCUAACUGUGGACAAAACUGCAUGUGCACACACAAAGUUGACAUACCUCUGAAUGCUGUUGUGGAGAUUGUAUUGGUAGAUGAAGUACAAAUCGCGAACUUAUCUCAUCCGUUCCACUUGCACGGAUAUUCAUACAACGUGAUAGGUAUCGGAAGAUCACCCGACCAGAACGUUAAGAAAAUUAACUUGAAGCACGCACUCGACCUCGACAGAAGAGGAUUGCUCGAACGUCACCUGAAGCAAGGAGACCUUCCUCCUGCAAAAGACACCAUCGCUGUUCCCAACAACGGCUACGUCAUUCUCCGUUUCAGAGCCACAAAUCCUGGCUUCUGGCUACUCCAUUGCCACUUCCUUUUCCACAUCGUCAUCGGAAUGAGCUUGGUGCUCCAAGUAGGCACGCAGGGCGACCUUCCCCCCGUACCCCCGAACUUCCCCACAUGCGGAGACCAUCUCCCAGCCAUCCCACUCCACUGAACGGUUCCUAGAACGUUUCCCAGUCUACUUAUAUUCAUAUAAGUACAUCACAGUUGAUUUUAAUAAUGUUAUCUAAGUGUAAAUUUAUGUUUGUUUUGUGUGAUGUGUCCUGCGGAUUCGAAGUGCUCGAUUCCGUUGUUUGUGUUUAUUUUUGUAUUCGAAUGAUUCAACGGGAGUUUAUGAUGGUUUGUGAUUUUAUUUAAACAAUGAUACACUGUUUUUAUGCGUUGAUUCCAUUUUUAUGCCAUAUUCGGUGAUAUACUUAAUAUACGUUCAUACUUCGAUAUCAAUAUCGCCAAUAAUAUGCUUCUCGAGGCUCUUGAAUCAACAUGUCUUGUAUUAAGUUUAAUAUUUUUAACACGAAUCGUCUCGUUUAUCCUGUAACUAACAACUUGCCAUUAUAUUUUUCAUCAAUAAUAUUUAUUACGUGUAUAUAUUAUAAAAAAUAUAUAUUAGAAUACUACAUGCUUAGAAUUUUAAGAAUUCCAGACCAUUUUAACUUACCGCAUGAGGAAUUAUCCUCAUCGUGAUACAAAAAUGUAAAUAACUGCAACUAUUUGUAAAUACACUAAAUAUAGUUGAAAGCCAUAUUUUAUCACACAUUCCAUAACAUGCAACUGUAUAUAACUGUGAAUUUAUUAGAAAGUAUAUACACAGGUUACCACAGAAAGUUACCAUUAUGUUAAGACAUUAAAUGCUUACAGCAUGAACUGUGUGACUACAAAUACAAGAAUUGGUGUAAAGAAAAACAAAAGUGGCGACUAGUCUACAAUAAUCCUAUU